AAUUCUGCAAGCAGAAAAAAACACAAAAAAAAAAAAGAAAAAGGAACUCUGGGAUCUCUCUAAGCCCAAGAUCCAAGGUAUGCAGAACCAAGAUCUCUCUAAGCCCAAGAUCCAAGAACUGGGGAUUCUUCAACAAGCGGUAUGUUUUCAUGCUUUUGUAACUAAAAUUGGGUUUGAAAAUAACCAAUUUAUUGGAGCAGCACUUAUAGAGUUGUACGCAAAAUGUAGUAGCAUAGAAGAUGCUAACAAGGUUUUUGAAGGAAUGACAUACAAAGAUGUUGUUACUUGGAGCUCAAUAAUUGCAGCUUAUGGAUUUCAUGGUCAAGGAGAAGAAGCUUUGAAAUUAUUUUAUCAGAUGGCUAAUCAUUCAGAUACUAAGCCUAAUAAUGUAACUUUCAUCUCAGUUCUUUCUGCUUGUAGUCAUUCAGGUUUGAUUAAAGAAGGGAUAAAAUUGUUUGAUAUCAUGGUUAACAAGUACAAAUUGAUACCAAACUCGGAGCAUUAUGCAAUAAUGGUUGAUCUUCUUGGUCGAAUGGGAGAGUUGGAUAUGGCUUUGGACAUAAUUAAUAACAUGCCAAUGCAAGCUGGGCCUGAUAUAUGGGGAGCCUUACUCGGCGCAUGUCGCAUACAUCAGAAUAUAAAGAUUGGGGAAGUUGCAGCUAAGAAUCUUUUCUCAUUAGACCCUAAUCAUGCAGGGUAUUAUAUUCUCCUAUCAAAUAUUUAUUGUGUCGACGAAAAUUGGCAUAGUGCUACAAAACUUAGGAGACUGGUAAAAGAAAAUAGCUUGAAGAAGAUUGUUGGUCAAAGUAUGGUGGAGUUAAAGAAAGAGGUUCGAAGUUUCAUAGCAAGUGAUAGAUUUCAUGAUGAAUCUGGCGAAAUUUAUGAAAUUCUAAGAAAAUUACAUGCUAAAAUGAGAGAAGAAGGUUAUGAUCCUCAAUUACAGAUAGAGGAAAUGCUAUGAGUUAUUGGAAUAUGAAAAACUUGGGGAAAAAAGAUUUUGGAAUAAGCUAUUGUUUGUAUCUUUGUUUUGGUUCUCAGAAUCAUUCUUUUAGUUGUAUUAUAGAUGUAAUUUAUUAAGUGGUUUUAAGCAUUACACAUUAAUGCUAAAGGUUACACAGGUUAUUUAGAUUUAAGAUGAAUGAUUACGAUUCAUUUCAUAUAGUUUAACAGUGGAAGACAAGGUUAUCAUUUUCACCUUAUUUCAUUUCUUUUCUCUGCACAAUUUCACUUUGUUGCUUCUUCUGUCUAGCUCAUGUUUUUAAGGUUUGGACAUUGGCCUUCCCUUCAAAACCAGGUUAAAUGCAUUUUUUUCUCUCCAUUUUUUCCAACAAUAUUAAUAGUGUAUUAUUAUGACACAUUAAUUAAUGUCCAAGUUACUAGUAGGGCAUUAUUGUAUAUUGUUUCUCUGGAUAAUUUAUCGUGAGUUUUGUUACAAAUACUUUGCUUAUGCUAUUGUUACAAAUACAUUGCUUAUGUUACCUAGCUACUGAAUUACAGAAUAUAUAAAGAAAUUAAUUAUUAACACUAUGUGUACAUGUAUAAUAAAGAAAUUAUGAAAUUAUGAACAUUAUGUGCCUUUUAUCUAGGUUCCAUUACUAGAGUUUGUAGCAAGAAGGAACAAUGUAAGUUUUUGGUUCUUAAUUUUAACUCUAAAUGUUAAAUCGUUCUGAUUUUUUUAUAAUCAAACGGAGAAUAGAAAUAAUCAUAUGUUUCUUUUUUACUUGAUUAAAUUAAAUCACUAUGAACAUUGAACUGUGUGUUUAUUCCUUCUCAUAUUUGUGUACUAGAUGAAUAAAUUUUAAGGUUAUAACUUAUAUAUUCAUGUUGAUGUAUUACCAGCUUGUGAUUGUUUUUGGUGGCCUACCCUUUUGUUUUGGUGUUUUACUGGACUGUUUUCUUGGCAUUGUUUUUAUGUUUGUAGUUCUGAUAUGUGUUGGAACUAUUCUUUGAUUGUGGUUGCGUUAUUGGUCUUUUAGUGUUGUUUUGUUCGAAUGCAUGAAUUUCAAGGUCAUAACUUAUAUAAUGUUUCCCUUUUACAGAACCAUCAAUCUUCAUGUUGGUGAUUUUAAAGCCUUAUUGCACAGAUAUCUUAAUUGUGAUGUAUUGCACAGAUAUCUUCUUGCAAUUGAUGGUGCGUCUUCAUCUUUUUCCCUUCGUUGGUUCUUUUCAGGCCUCCCUGGAAGCCUGCGUAAUGGAGGCACAUUUUCUUCCUCCAAUGUAUUUGUAUCAGCAUUGUGGAAAAAUUGCAAAGAGGAUACUAAUUGUCAAUACUAUUAUUGUCUACCUCCGUAUGUUCCAAAAUGCGUUUGUCGUACAUGUAAAUGUCUUCCUCCGAGAUCCUCAUUUAUUAGAAGAUGACUUUAGUGAUAAGAAAUUGAUAUCGUAACUUCAAGGAACGUACGUAGUUAAGUUACUUUGUGUAAGAUGUACAAUUGUAAAAUAACUAUUAAAACUCACUUUUAUAUUAAUAAUAAUAAAUUUCAUCUUUGUUUAAAAUA